GCGGGGCUCCGCGGGCCGGACUCGGGGGCCGAGGGCCGAACCCCCGCCUCGUCACCACCCGUCGCUGCCUCCGAGUCGCCGUGCGCGUCUGCCGGGCGCCAGCCGAGCCCCUGGGCGCCGACCCACAGAAUGGCCUCUUCUGAGGAGCAAGGGGCUGUCCCCUGUGGUUUCAUCCGCCAGAAUUCUGGCAACUCCAUCUCCUUGGACUUCGAGCCCAACGCAGAGUACCGCUUUGUGGAGCCGCUGGAGGAGCGCUACAGGUGCGCCUUCUGCCGCUCGGUGCUCCACAACCCCCACCAGACGGGCUGCGGGCACCGCUUCUGCCAGGACUGCAUCCUGUCCCUGAGAGAAUUAAAUGCAGUCCCACUCUGCCCUGUAGACAAGGAGGUGAUCAAAUCUCAGGAGGUGUUUAAAGACAAUUGCUGCAAAAGGGAAGUCCUCAAUUUAUAUGUAUUUUGCAAAAAUGCUCCUGGGUGUACCGCCAAGAUCAUUCUGGGACGAUACCAGGACCACCUCCAGCAGUGCUUAUUUCAGGCCGUGCAGUGUUGUAACGAGCGCUGUCGGGAGCCAGUCCUUCGCAAAGACCUGAAAGAGCACGCGAGCACGUACUGCCAGUUUCGAGAGGAAAAAUGCCUUUACUGCAAAAAGGAUGUGGUGGUCAUCAAUCUACAGAAUCACGAGGAAAACUUGUGUCCUGAAUACCCAGUGUCUUGUCCCAACAAGUGUCUGCAGAUGAUUCCACGAACUGAGGUGGAUGAACACCUCGCUGUGUGUCCGGAAGCUGAACAAGACUGUCCUUUUAAGCACUAUGGCUGUACGGUCAAGGAAAAACGGGGACACCUGCAGGAGCAUGAGCAUUCAGCCUUACGGGACCACAUGCUUCUGGUUUUAGAAAAGAACCUCCAAUUAGAAGAACAGAUUUCUGACUUAUAUAAAAGCCUAGAACAAAAAGAAAGUAAAAUCCAGCAGCUAGCAGAAACUGUAAAGAAAUUUGAAAAGGAGUUCAAGCAGUUUGCACAGUUGUUUGGCAAAAAUGGAAACUUCCUCUCAAAUAUCCAGGUCCUUGCCAGCCACAUUGACAAGUCUGCUUGGCUAGAAGUUCAGGUGCGUCAGUUGUUACAAAUGGCUAACCAGCAACAAAGCAAAUUUGAUCUGAGGCCUUUGGUGGAAGCGAUCGAUGCAAUGAAACAGAAAAUCACCCUGCUAGAAACAAAUGAUCAAAGAUUAGUUGUUUUGGAAGGGGAGACUAACAAACAUGAUGCCCACAUUAAUAUUCAUAAAGCGCAGCUGAGUAAAAAUGAGGAGCGGUUUAAACUGCUGGAAAGUGCCUGCUACACUGGAAAGCUCAUCUGGAAGGUGACAGACUACAAGCUGAGGAAGAGGGAGGCGCUGGACGGACACACUGUGUCCAUCUUCAGCCAGCCCUUCUACACCAGCCGCUGUGGCUACCGGCUCUGCGCCAGAGCGUACCUGAAUGGGGACGGGUCCGGGAAGGGGACGCACCUGUCGCUGUACUUUGUGGUGAUGCGCGGGGAGUUUGACUCCCUACUGCAGUGGCCGUUCAGGCAGAGGGUGACACUGAUGCUUUUGGACCAGAGUGGCAAAAAGAACCACAUUAUGGAGACCUUCAAGGCAGACCCCAAUAGCAGCAGCUUUAAAAGACCCGACGGGGAGAUGAACAUUGCCUCUGGCUGUCCCCGCUUCGUGGCUCAUUCCACUUUGGAGAAUGCCAAGAACACCUACAUAAAAGACGACACCCUCUUCUUGAAAGUGGCUGUGGAUUUAACUGACCUGGAGGAUCUCUAGUCACUGCUUGUGGGGCAACAAAAGGUCUCCUUGGAUCCAGAACCUGUGGCUAAUGUAGAGACUGAAUCUAGGUUCAGGACACAUUUGUAUUUGGCUUUUUGCCCUUGAUGUUUGGAGUCCAUUUAAGAUUUCCCAAGUGCUGUCUUCUUUCUGCAUUUUACUCUGUCCCAGGUUGAAACUUACAGCACCUGGAACAUCUUAUCAUUAUUUAUAUUUGUAUAUCUUUGAAAGAUGUUAAUGUUCUUUAAAGUAAGGCCUGGGGCGCACCUCUUUUGCUGGUGCUUCACACGGGGUCCCAGGGUAGGCCUUCUGUGAUAUUAAGUGUUGAGGACACGGGGAUAGAAUUCCCAGCUGAAAAUGCCUUGGUAUUUUAUUGUUUGGCCUAUUGAUUCUUGACCUGACCUCAAGCCUGCAAAAGCCAUCCUUUAGGGUGGGCUAUUCUGGUUAAGUAGAUACGUAGUGUACUUCAAAGUCACGUGCCCAGUUUGGACCAGACUUGCUUUGCUCAAAUACUGUAUCUGUGGAAAUUACUACACCUCUGAUAAGUUCACGAAAUUUACAAGUAGUCAGCAAGCACGGUUUUGCAAGACUGCAUAAGAACUGGUGAACAGAAUAAGCAUUUUCAUUUUCCCUGCCGAGGUAAAACAAUGAGUAUAUAUAUAUAUGUAGGAGAUAUAGCCAUCUAAUUAAAAUUCAGAUUUUAUUCGGUUUAGCCAUGUGAAAAAACUGUUUUCAAACAAAACAAAUAGCAGUUUCAUAAGACUCAAUAAUAUAUAUAUAUUAUUAUUAAUGCAUUAUUAAUGCCUAGUUAAAAGGCAUUUUGGGGGAGUUCCUGUCGUGGCGCAGUGGUUAACGAAUCCAACUAGGAA